AUGCUAUUCCUCCAUAAGCGUGUAUUUGGUGAUAAAUAUGAUCCUAUUAUGGUAUCAUGUCACUACUGCUUUUUGAAAGAAGGUUUCGUCAUCGCCGAUGUGGCAGACGAAGAAAAAGAGAUUUUGCCUUGUCAUCGACGCAAUCCCCAAUUUUUACAAGUCACGUAUCGAAAAGGUGACAUUGAUAUAGAAACAAAACAAGCUGUUGAUCAACGAUUUUACUAUUUAAGUUUAAAAAUCAAUAGAAAACCAUACGAUACCUUUUUAUCAAUAGCUGAUUAUGUCAAUGAUGGAAAGGUAUUUGAUGAUGAAAAUUUAAUCAAAAAGUUAAGUGAGUUCAUCAAUAGUUCUCUUGCUGAUUUUGAAACACGUGAAGGUGGUCAAGGCGGUAAAGGUGGUCAAGGUGCCAUAGGGGGCGGAAAGAUUUCAGUCUAA